AUGCGGAAUUCGGACAUACCUGAAGCAUCACUAUGCUUCUCACCCCCGCCACCCCUCGCCUUAACCGGCUUCCUCCUCAUCGCCACCACGCACGCUCUUCCGCAAAACUCCGUCCUACAGAGCGCGAGCCCGUCGCAUGAAUCCCUUCACACCGCCGUCUACACCAGGGAUCUGCCGGUAGGGACCCAGUGCGCCGGACCGAACGAGCAAGAUACCGUCGCCACCGCCGUCGUCUCGGUGCUAGGCCCCCGCGAAGUAGCCGACUGGCCCGAAAAUGGUGUUACCGUGGUCGGCGAGGCCAUCUCCACGCUCUUCGUCGAAGACGAGACUCGCACCGUCAGCCAAGAUCUAACGUGGACCCUCUCCGGAAACACGGACGUAGCCCGCGACGCGCCGCAGCCCACAGCACCGCCGCUGCAACCCGGAGAAGAGGCUCUCACCUCUGUUUACACCAGCUCCACUUCCUUCCUCAUCACAUACGUGUCCGAUUUGGCGGGCCGAGAGCGGGAGGAGUGGUUCACGACGGAGCGCGUCACCUACAUUGAGACGAUAGGGCCCGACUAUCCCGCGACGAUCGUGCGGACGGGCUACACCAACAUCGAAGCCAAGUACAUUGCCGUCGAAACGUUUGAACCAGUUUCGACUCUCGAGACGACGGACGUAUUUUCAUUUUGGAGGACGACUACCAUGUAUUCCGGCGUUUGGCGGGACACAUCGCCGGGUAAUGUAGAGGCCGUUCUUCCCCUACGCCUACGCCGCGCUCCCCGAUGCGUCGACACAACCUUUGCCAGCGUCAUCAAGACGUUUGGCGGCUCCCUCGCCCGCGGCUCGCCCUACACGGCCACCGACCGCGACUACCCCCACGACGCCCGGGACGAAGGGUUCUUAGGCCUCUGCGGCAUCCGCAUCAACCUAACGCCGGACCCCAACGACAGCGGCGACGGGACCGCCUUUGAAAUCUUCCUCCCCAACGCCACCGACUGGAACCGCCGCUUCCUCACCGUCGGCAACGGCGGCUUCAACGGCGGCGUGAGCCGUCCCGAUAUGCUGACCCGCGCCGUGCACGGGUGGGCCGUCAUGUCCACCAACACGGGCCACGAGGAGCGCGGCAUGGCAUGGGCCGAGAACAAGCACGAAGCCCAGGUCGACUGGGCGUGGCGCGCCAUGGAGCGGUCUCUGCCCUUUGCCCGGGCCAUCGUCGAGGCCUACUACGGCGAAGACCUCCCCAUCCUCAAACGCUACUACUCGGGCUGCUCCACUGGCGGCCGCCAAGGGAUACGGCAGGUCGAGCAAGACCCGGACAGCUUCGACGGCAUGCUCAUCGGCGCGCCGGCCUGGAACGUCCGCUCCGCCAUGGCCGUGCUCUCCCGCGUGGGCUGGCUCGGCCAAACCUACGGCCUGCACAACGGCGUCUUCGACCCCAACGUACUCUCCCGUAUCGGCACCCGCAUCCACGACGAGUGCAACGGCCUCGACGGCUCCGUGCGCGAUAACGUCGUCCGCGACUCCGCCGCCUGUCUCCGGCACUUUCUCGACUCCGGCAUCCACGGCGACGUUUGGCACGGGCUCGACUGCACGGCGGGCAACCGAAACUGCGUCACUGUAUCCCAGCGCGAGGCGUGGAUGACUAUUGCGCAAGAAUUCGCCGUGCCUCCCUCCAACGCCACGUACGCUGGCGACGGCUUCGACAUCACCUCCAUCCUCGACGCCGGCAUCUUCCUUUCCCCGUGA